AUGGCCUUCUGGAACGAGCGGAUGCAGGCUGAGCUUCGAACUCAGUUAGAGAAGACUGAGAUCGUAAGUCAGGCGAAGAAUAUCAUCUUCUUCCUGGGUGAUGGGACGUCCAUAUCCACCCUGACGGCAGCCAGGUACCUCAAGGGUCUCCGAACAGGGAACUUUGAACACGAGGUCAUGGCUUACGAAAAGUUCCCUUAUUCGACCCUCAUUAAGACAUACAGCGAGAAGUGGACGCUGGUCGCUCUAUGGCAUUGUUACGGACCAGAGUCACUCAUGCCUCGCCCGUGGUACUACGCCCACACUGCUGAGGUUUGCGGCUGGCACCACCAGGUUAUCAUGGGUGGCGGACGUCAGAAGUUAACACCUAAGCACGUAGACGACCCUGAAGGCGGCGACGGAGGGAAGAGAGAUGACGAUAAGAAUCUCAUAGAAACUUGGAUCAACCAGAAAAAUCUCCUUGGUAAUGCCUCCUACGUCUGGCACCGCAACGACCUCCUCGCCGUCGACACUACCAACACUGAAUACCUCAUGGGGUUGUUCGACUGGGGUCACAUGGGCUUCAAAGUGGACAAUGACGUCAGCAACCCGUCCCUCAGAGAGAUGACCAAAACUGCCAUAGAGAUUCUUCAGAAGGAUACCAAUGGUUAUUUUCUCUUCGUGGAAGGAGGUAACAUCGAUCUGGCCCACCACCUGAACGAGUACAGGUCGGCCCUGGAGGAGGCGGUGGAGUUCGAGGCUGCUAUUGAGCAAGCAGUGAGCAUGACGGACCCUCAGGAGACACUGAUCCUGGUUACUGCAGACCACUCACAGCCCAUAGUCAUGAAUGGUUACCAGGAGAGGGGCUCUGAUGUGCUGGACCUAGGGGACUACUCAGACGUGGAUGGUCUACCGUUCACCACCUUGAUGUACACUAAUGGACCAGGCUACAGGGGGGAGGUGUCUGGUCUCAGACCUGAUCCAUCCAAAGAAGAUUACCGAGACCCACACUACCCAGGGGCAGCCACCGUGCCCAUGAUAGAGUCCAACCACGCCGGGGAGGAGGUGAUACUCUAUGCCUUGGGUCCCCACGCACACUUAUUCACUGGUAUCCACGAGAACGCCUUUAUACCUCAUGCUUUAAGGUAUGCUGCGUGUGUGGGAGAAGGUCUGCACUACUGCAGCAGUCUGGAAGUAUAAGGGAACUGUUUUUAAUGGUACCAUAGUAUGGUAAUAACUGUAGUCUUAGCUGUUUAGGGGGUGGAGGGGGUAAGCCAGUUGAAGGUUUCGGUUAGAUGACCAAAAGCUCCAGGUGUGGGUCAUGUGACUACAGACCCACGUCAGGGAAUAUUGUCCUGUUCCCUGAGAAACCUUACCUAAAGUAAUGGUGCCAUAGUCUUGUGAUGGGAUCCAUGGCGAAUACCAUUGUCAUAGUAAUAGUUUUUCAGUCCUAUUCAACAAUGGUACCAUAGUGAUUGACGCCAUUAUCCUUCCCUAUUCAACAAUGGUACCAUAGUGAUUGAUGCCAUUAUCCUACCCUAUUCAACAAUGGUACCAUAGUGAUUGAUGCCAUUAUCCUACCCUAUUCAACAAUGGUACCAUAGUGAUUGACGCCAUUAUCCUUCCCUAUUCAACAAUGGUACCAUAGUGAUUGACGCCAUUAUCCUACCCUAUUCAACAAUGGUACCAUAGUGAUUGACGCCAUUAUCCUUCCCUAUUCAACAAUGGUACCAUAGUGAUUGAUGCCAUUAUCCUACCCUAUAAUAUGCUUUUCAGUUUGUGGUGGACCUACAUUCUUGUAGCCCUGAAGCUUGAACCGUUAUGGGGGGCCCCUCAAGGAUUAGGGGGCCCCUCCAGGAUUAAGGGGCCCCUCCGAGAUUAAGGGGCCCCUCCGGGAUUAAGGGGCCCCUCCGAGAUUAAGGGACCCCUCCGGGAUUAGGGGGCCCCUCAAGCUUAAGCCUUAUUAGUUACAUAGUAAGUAGGUAUAAUGUUUGUCAGGAAACAGGACAAGUGUUUCCUGACACAGUCAUUUGAUGACCCACAGUUGGAGCUUUUGGUCAUCUGACCGAGGCCUUCCGCUGGCUUACCGGUCCACCCCGUUAAAAAUCAUGGUUAAUAUAUAUAGUUUCACAGUAGAUCCUGUCUAUAAUGGUACCAUAAUGAUGAAGUCCCAUUGCCUUACCGUGUCAUGAUCUGGAACGAUAUGAACAUAAAAAUGGAGGAACACUGCAGAAGGCCUACUGGCCCAUGCAAGGCAAGUCCGUUGAACUCAUCUCCAGGCUGAGGGACUGACCACCUCACACAAUUUCUCCAAGGUUGAUAGAUUGAUUCCAUCAUCAAUCAGUAGCCGGUAUGUGCACCCAGCAGCGAGGUCAGGUCACAUACAGGUCACAGGAAGCAUGGCACAGCAACUGUCUUCAGUCCUGACGACGCGUGUUGAGGUCCCCCUGGUCCUUGCUGAGGUCUACUGUGGUAGGCUGUACAGAUUAUUUCUCUAAUAUACUUGGUGCCUCACAUGCCUGACCUUGUAUGACCCACCUGCCUGACCUUGUAUGACCCACAUGCCUGACCUUGUAUGACCUACCUGCCUGACCUUGUAUGACCCACCUGCCUGACCUUGUAUGACCCACCUGCCUGACCUUGUAUGACCCACCUACCUGACCUUGUAUGACCCACCUGCCUGACCUUGUAUGACCCACAUGCCUGACCUUGUAUGACCCACCUACCUGACCUUGUAUGACCCACCUGCCUGACCUUGUAUGACCCACAUGCCUGACCUUGUAUGACCCACCUGCCUGACCUUGUAUGACCCACAUGCCUGACCUUGUAUGACCCACAUGCCUGACCUUGUAUGACCCACAUGCCUGACCUUGUAUGACCCACCUGCCUGACCUUGUAUGACCCACCUGCCUGACCUUGUAUGACCCACCUGCCUGACCUUGUAUGACCCACGUGUCUGACCUUGUAUGACCCACCUGCAUGACCUUGUAUGACCCACCUGCAUGACCUUGUAUGACCCACCUGCCUGACCUUGUAUGACCCACGUGUCUGACCUUGUAUGACCCACCUGCCUGACCUUGUAUGACCCACCUGCCUGACCUUGUAUGACCCACCUGCCUGACCUUGUAUGACCCACAUGCCUGACCUUGUAUGACCCACCUGCCUGACCUUGUAUGACCCACCUGUUAGUUUGUACUUUUUUCAGUUUAAGCAAAGCGUGUGACCCUGUUAAUUUGAGUAAUAAUAAUGCUAAUUAUAGUGAUAAUAAUGGUAAUAAUAACAAUCAAGAUAAUGUGUAUUCCUUCCCCUAUGAUGCCAUGGUGGCACAGUGCCACGAUGUCAUGGUGGCACAGUGCCACGAUGCCAUGGUGGCACAGUGCCACGAUGCCAUGGUGGCACAGUGCCACGAUGUCAUGGUGGCACAGUGCCACGAUGCCAUGGUGGCACAGUGCCACGAUGCCAUGGUGGCACAGUGCCACGAUGACAUGGUGGCACAGUGCCACGAUGCCAUGGUGCCACAGUGCCACGAUGCCAUGGUGGCACAGUGCCACGAUACCAUGGUGCCACGAUGCCAUGGUGGCACUGUGCCACGAUACCAUGGUGCCACGAUGCCAUGGUGGCACAGUGCCACGAUGCCAUGGUGGCACAGUGCCACGAUGCCAUGGUGGCACAGUGCCACGAUACCAUGGUGCCACGAUGCCAUGGUGGCACAGUGCCACGAUGCCAUGGUGGCACAGUGCCACGAUACCAUGGUGCCAUCGUAUCUGACGGCAGUGCCACUCCUGUUGGCACUCUUAAAAUGUAUUAAUAUAUCAUUAUUACAAUACAUAUUAAAACAAUAAAUAUU